AUGGACAUAAGAAAGUUUUUUGGUGGUCGAGAAAAGAGAAAAUUGCCAGAAAUAAGUAGUAGCGGAAGUGAUGAACAUGAAGGAAUAUAUAAAAUUCCCAAAUCCUCCAACGAACCUUCCACUUCUUAUGAUCGCAAUACCAGAAAUGCAGAUCCUUCAACUUCUAAAAAGCUUACAAAUGAAGAACGUUUUGAAAAUGACAUAGGUCAAUGGGUGGGACGGUCUAAUCAUUUAACAACAUCUCAAAAAAUGGAUAUCUUGAAACGUUGUUGGACGCCACCAGAAAAUUACAACUUUAGUGAGGAUGCUAUUGCUGUUGGAUCAAAGAGAACAUUUAACCAUAGUUGGUUACAGGCCUAUGCUCCUUGGCUUGCGUAUUCGAAAAUACUGAAAGGAGCUCUUUGUUUGUACUGUGUUCUGUUUCCACCGAAAAAAGUACAAGGUGUUUUAGGUUCAUUUAUCAUCAAACCUUUUACACGAUACAAAGACAUUCACGAGGGCUGUAGAAACCAUAUUUCCAAUAAUUGGCACCAAGGAGCAACCGAAGCAGCUAAAAGUUUUAUGGAAGAAGUACCUAUAAAUAUUAUGAUGGUAUCCGGACACCAAAAAGUACUAGAACAAAAUCGAAAAAUUAUUUCGUCCAUAAUUUCAAAUGUACUAUUUUGCGGAACCCAUGAUCUACCCUUUAGAGGAAAAGGUCAAAAUGAAGGAGUUUUCUAUGACUUAAUUCAAAUGCGAAUUGAAGCUGGUGAUCAGUAUCUCCAAAACCAUAUCGAAAAGGGCAAGCGAAAUGCCAUCUACACAUUUCCGCAAAUUCAGAAUUAA